CGUGAUAUUAUUUUAACUCGGAAAAAUGACUUUUAACUCGAAAUAAGGCUUCUCACGGCCGCCAUCUUGGAGCUGCUGUCUUCUCCUUAGCGCCCCUCUCUGUUAGCGUCAACUGAUACAAACUAACGCUAAUCUACAGCUAAACUCUGGGUUAUUUCAAUAGGAAUAGAAGUCUGCUAAACGCCCAACUGUUUCUAGCUGGUUUUCGACCGGCUAAAACAUGCAGAAGUAUGAAAAAUUAGAGAAGAUCGGAGAGGGUACCUAUGGAACGGUGUUUAAGGCUAAAAACAGAGAGACGCAUGAGAUCGUGGCUCUGAAGAGGGUCAGACUGGAUGAUGAUGAUGAGGGGGUUCCCAGCUCAGCCUUGAGAGAAAUCUGCCUCCUGAAAGAGCUGAAGCAUAAAAACAUUGUGCGGCUUCACGACGUGUUGCACAGCGAUAAAAAGCUGACGUUGGUGUUUGAAUAUUGUGACCAGGAUCUGAAGAAAUAUUUCGACAGCUGCAACGGCGACCUGGAUCCCGAGACCGUGAAGUCAUUCAUGUACCAGCUACUGAAAGGACUUGCCUUCUGCCACAGCCGCAACGUUCUUCACCGGGACCUCAAGCCACAAAAUCUGCUCAUCAACAGAAACGGUGAGCUGAAGUUGGCUGACUUUGGUUUGGCCCGAGCGUUUGGAAUUCCUGUGCGAUGUUACUCCGCUGAGGUGGUGACGUUGUGGUACAGACCACCAGACGUGCUGUUCGGUGCCAAGCUGUACUCCACCUCAAUCGACAUGUGGUCAGCCGGAUGCAUAUUUGCAGAACUGGCCAACGCCGGAAGGCCGCUGUUCCCCGGAAACGACGUAGACGACCAGCUGAAACGGAUCUUUAGGUUACUGGGCACACCAACAGAGGAACAGUGGCAGACCAUGACCAAACUCCCUGAUUAUAAGCCGUAUCCGAUGUAUCCCGCGACGACGUCACUGGUGAACGUGGUCCCUAAACUCAGCAGCACCGGACGGGAUUUACUACAGAACCUUCUGAAGUGUAAUCCAGUGCAGCGGAUAUCAGCCGAGGAGGCGCUUCAACACCCUUACUUUGCCGAUUUUUGUCCGCCCUAGUGUCCAAAUCGGUCUUUGUAAAGGGACCAACACGGUCAUACCUCACACACCCCAUCAAAAGUUCCUCAUCCCGCCCCACCCCACCCCACAACGCUGCCCGUUUAGACACGACAUUACCAAUCACGCAUAGGUGUAAAUUCCACUCCCGUCGAUCGUGGCCAAAGGCAACGAUCUGUAUUUUUUAAAGCUUGCAUGAGCAAACGGUUAUUAUGAUACCCGAUUACGUCUGAUUACUAUUAAAUUCUUGUUUGCACUUACUAAACAGAUGGCGAGGGUGUGGAGAGCUUUAGUAGCUCCUCAGUGUUUAGUAGAUUUUAAGUUUUACCGACUGCAUUUGGAGGAUCUAGAGUCAGUUGAAUCCACCGGUCACGUUAUUGCACAACUACAGCGGCGUCGACUGAUACUAAUUCUAUUUUAAAUGCAGGCUUUUAAAUGUAUAAUCUGUAUUUAAGCCUCCGUUCUAGUGCAGAGGACUCACGUGGGCGUGAUACGAGUAUCGGCGACGAGAAACAGUCCAGCGCGUUGAACACAUCAUCAAGGGCAUAUUUACAGUGUUAACAUGCUAACAAUUCCCCGAUGUACCCCAGUACACGAUGCACUCACCUCAGCAACACACACACACGCUAAACAUAUCCACGUCGGUCUAAAGCCUCACCAGUUAAGCGAGGUUUCCUCACACAGUCAGAACGAGACUUUCGCGUUAUCCGUUCGUUUCGUAAUCAGACCCCCCCCCACAACAAAAAAGGUACAGAACAGAGUUCAGUGCCUGAAAAGAAAUCUAAUCAUAACUAUUGAAUUUCUGCUACAUUAGUCUUACUUUUUUUUUUUUUUUACUUGUAAAGUCACUAGAUGCACAUAUUUAUUUGUUUCUGAAUGUUUUAGUAUACAGACUUUUUUUUUUUUUAGAAAACAGCAAAAGAGGGUUAUUACGGAGUGAACAUGUCCUGGUUUAUUUCAGAGGGAAGAUCCAGUUGUGGGUGAUUUGGUGGACCAAUAGAAGUAAAAACUAAGAUACUUCAAUAUUUGGAAAAGAAAUCGUGACAAUUGUAAUAAACUUCUGACAUUUGCCAGGAUUUGAAUUCACCCCAGAUGUUUUAACCCUGUAGCACACAAUAAGCUUGGAAUUAUGAUCAUCAUUAUGUUUGGUUGUUCUCCAUUUGCAUCUCUGCUGUAUGUGUGAUUUAUGAUGGAAGGAUUUUUCACACUGAUUAAAUACAUUUCAUUUAAAAAAAAAAA